UCAAUUCGCAUUUAACAGUUGCACGUAAGCAUCCGCUACGACGUCCUUCGCUUGACUGGUCUUCACUUAAAAGGGCAGAGGACAGUCUUCAUUUGCAGAUUCAAGUACUUAUCAAAUGAGGUGCCUACUUUCAUCCAAGUCAACUUGUGGGUUGGUAGGUUGCAUAUAUUAGGCUGUGCAAAUGGGCAAGAAUAUAGAAUAGCACGACAAACCGCUAAUUUUAAUUCCCGGCCUACAAAAAGCGUCUGCAACUUCCAGAUUCAACUUCCAUCGUGCGUGCUUCAUCCUUAGUCACAGGACAAAUCCUUGGCACUGGGAGUUAAAGGAGCUACCUAGCGUACCCCGAAAGCCGAUAGGUUAAUUUCGAGUGUAAUACCUUCGACUUGCAAAGGAUGGAUCUUAAUGACCAAAACUGAUCUAUGGUAAUUUCGACAUUGGAUCACAUGACUCGUUUACCCUUGGAAUCAAUCAGGAUGAAUUGCACGUCAGCUCGCGUUUCCAAUUUUUUUCUUUCGCGGACCCUGUUCGUCGGUUUUUAGAGGAGAAUACAUGGAGCAUGUUUAACAUCAUCGAUCCUGAUCAUUCGUCCUCGCAACUCAGAAAACAAAAUAUGACAGAGUUUGAAGACCGUAGUAGCUGCGCCUCGAGUAUGUAUUUGCCCAGCUGCACGUACUAUGUUUCAGCCCCAGAUUUCUCGUCAGUAUCAACGUUUUUACCGCAGAGCACUUCUUGCCAAAUGACAUUUCCUUACUCCUCUAAUUUAACCCAGGUUCAACCUGUCCGAGAGGUGUCGUUCAGAGAUUACGGGUUAGAACACUCCACUAAGUGGCAUUAUAGGAGUAAUUAUGCCCCUUACUGUUCUGCAGAAGAAAUAAUGCAUAGGGACUAUAUCCAACCACCGACCAGGACGGGAAUGCUGUUUAAAAACGAUCCUGUAUACAGCCAGCGUGGAAGCUCAAACCCAUCUUGUAAUUUCUAUACGGCAGUGGGAAGGAAUGGAAUACUUCCUCAAGGUUUUGAUCAGUUUUUUGAGACAGCUUAUGGCAUUUCUGACUGCUUGAGCUAUGAACAGUUAACCGAAAAGUCUGGAUCGAAGCGCAAGACUAUCACAGCAUCUGAUAAAUUUUCUUCGGCACAGGAGAAAGAAAGUACAACCGAAAAAAACACCGUCGAGUCCUCCAGCAACAUCGGAGCCGAGAAAAGCAGCCUAUCUGGACCCCUGCGAUGCAGAAAGAAGAGAUGCCCUUACACCAAAUAUCAAAUCCGGGAACUUGAACGAGAGUUUUUCUUCAACGUUUACAUAAACAAAGAAAAACGCUUGCAGUUGUCUAGAAUGUUAAAUCUCACCGAUCGACAAGUCAAAAUCUGGUUUCAGAAUCGAAGAAUGAAAGAAAAGAAACUCAGCAGAGACCGGCUGCAUUUUUUUACUGCUAAUCCUUUAUUGUGACUGUGAUACAUUUUGCGCAGUGGAUGAUCUUCCAGCAAAUCGCCUUUGCCUUAGUCAAUAUUUAUUUACAGAAGGAGUGACUGUAAGGAUGACAGGAUAGUUUUGUUGUUAUGCGGAGAGAAAACUGUCCUUGCUACGAUCGAUGUAAAAUCGGAUCUAAGGUGCUACGGUUGUGCAGGAACCAUGACCGUAAUGUUUAUCAGAGAACAUUUUUACCUCAGCAUUUCUGUUAUUUAGUUCCAACGGAAGAAUUUCGAUUCUGCAGAAUAAACAGGUCGAAUAAAAGCCUUUAUUUUGAACAAUAAACAGGAGUAGUAAAGGGCUGAAAUGGAGCAAACUUUCGUUCAAAGCGAUAGGUCAAUCAGAUAAAAUAGUUUUUUUUAUUUCUGUUAUAGUCAUUGUGCAGCCAGACUAACCAUACUUGUUCAAGCUGUGUUUAUCCCCAUUCAAAACAUAUUUCUAUUUAUUAUUUUACUUAUUCCGUUGUAUUUCAUUAAAUGAUUAAACAUUACUGUAGCUAGAAAUGUCUAACGCUGUUGUAAUGCUAAUAAUUUUGUUUUAAGGUUGCAAACUAUUUGACAUUUCAUGGUAACUGCAUGUGUUAAAAUGUCUUUUUG